UCCCCACAAGUUUAUCAACAACAUUUUUAGCUCUUACUAGUUGUUCACACGCAGCCAGUGUGCACGAGAGCUCGUGGAGUACUCCCUCACACACCCACCGGUACACGCCUCACUUUAAAGCUGGAGAUUUAAAUCAUUUUGUUCCUCUGGUGUUUCAGAUGUUACAGUAACUGUGUUGGAAAAUAUCGCGGUCUGGCAGCCACACAAGCAAUAUUCAGGUGCUCCUCUGAUGUUCUCCAUGAUGUGAUGGAGUGACUUAUCAAGCAUCAGCCUUCAAGUUACCCACAGUGAUGCUCUUGACACUUUCAGUGAACCAGGCGAUCUGAGACUCAUCUGUUAGCAUCACUUACUCCGAAGCCAUUCAUCAUGAUUGACCUGAGUUAUCUGACAGAGGAAGAGCAAGAGAUGAUCCUGGCAGUGCUGAAGAGAGAUGCAGAUCUUAAGAAGUUGGAAGAACAGAGGAUUAAGCAGAUUCGUAAGACUGAACGAGACAGAAGCAGGCUGAAGUACUUGACAGGGGAGUGGUUUUAUGAGACAAAGAAUCACAGACACAGAGACAGGAUCCAUGGCACCGACAUCAUCAGAGCGUCCAUGAGACAGAAGAAACCCGUGACGAUAUUGGAGCUCUCUCAAAGAUGGUCUGAGAAACCCAGUUGUGUUUAUGGUGAGAAGAAAGAUGUGUACAUCCCUCCAGAGCUUUUAGGACUCAUUGAGGAUCCGUCCACACAAUCACACAAUGAGAGGGUGGAAGAUGAGUUGUCGGAAGCCCAACAGGAAAGACAGAGACCUCAAAUCAAGCCAAGGCAGAAUCCAUUCAAUAGUGUGAGAUCACAAAGAGAUGAAGCCAGACUUAUUAAUGGAGUGAAGGAGGCUGACCAGACACCUGCUGAGGAACCUUUCCUUCCAGCUGACAACUACACACUCCAUCACACUACUCUAAACACAGACAACACUGACACCCAUAUAGUCACACAAUGCAAACCUAUGCCAAAAAAGAGAUUGCUGCUGUAUUCCUGCAAGGACUCUUCCCUGGACACUGUCAGCAGUGACAAUGGAGUUAAACAGGUCGUAACCCCUGCUCCCAGAGGCAUCUUGAAGAACAACAUCUCCAGCUGUAGCUCUACUGUCUCCCUGCAUCUCCACAUUCCUAUCAAUGAUGACAGCAGCAGCAGUCAGUCGUCAGCUACGGUCAGCCCUGUCAGUCCUGAAACUCCCAUCUGCCCUCCUCUUUCCCCCUGCUCAGUGCACUCUGCCUCAGGGUGGUUAGAUAGGAAACAGGUCCACUUCUCCUCAGUCGUUGGGCCCAUAGAGAGAGUGCAAGGAGAGCACAGUGUGCUGGAAGAAGACUGGAGUCCUCUGUCGGACCAGGAUAGAAGCCAUAUCACAGACAAUGGUUAUCAUGAGGUUUAUGGUGAGCCUCAGUCCUCACAGGUGUCCAACUUCCACGACUCUACUGAAGUAACAGGUAAGGCCAUUGGGUUAAGUGCAGAGGGCCAGACUGAUAAGCUUACAGUGGAAGAGGGUCGUUCAUUUUCUAAGGUACUUGAAUGGUUUGGGAGAGGUUCUCGAGAUGGAAAGCUGAAGGAGUCGCCAGUUAAGAGAGAGUUGAAUGAAGAGGAACCAAAAGAUCAUGAAAACCCAGAAGCCAAGUCAGAAGAUUUAGUGCCUCCAGUUGUACAGCCAAAGACCAAGCCACCACCAAAGCCACGUAGGGGGCUUUUUGCAUUGUUUUCGAGAGCAGAGAAAAAAGACAAGUGUUCUGAAGUUCAAGCAUCUGACAAAGAAGAGAUAAGUCAAGAUAAAACAGAAAGUUCAGAAUAUAAAACAUCUUGCACUUUGAGACCUGAAGAUGAUAAUAUACUUCCACAGACCUCUGUUUCUACAAACAGCAAGACUGCAGCAAUACUGCAGGAAAAAACAGACAAAACAGACAAACCAAUAUGCGAAGAUCCUCCACAAAGAGAGACGUUUGACCGAGGUGAAAUAUCACCAGGAAGACUUGCCAACCUGAAGUCAUUCUGGGAAAGGGGGAACAGAGGGCCUAAAAUACUAAGCAUCAAAAAAGAAGCUGAGGUAGAAGAAAGUGAGACCUCUCAGCUUAAUGAGAAUUAUCACGAUGCUGUGGACAGAAGGUUGUCAGAUUCAAGCAUCAGCCCAUCAAAACCCAAACCCAAUGACCCAAAUCCAGUUGAUGUAGAAUGUACAACAUGUGAGAUUUCUCCAGUCUCAUCUAGAAGAACAUCCAAUGGUGAUGAUAUAUUAGCCAUAUCCUCACAUGAAGAUGAGAAGCCUUCUAGUCUGGAGAGCAAUAGGGUCUCAGAAGUUUCAAGCAGUGAACUACAAACUCUCACAGUGAAAAUGAAUGCCAAAUUGUCACCCAGUUCAUUGCUUAAACACAAAGAUAAAUCUCUGGGCAAUGAGCUACAGGAAGAGUCACUCUCCAGGGACAUACCUGACUUGAAAAAGGAAAUCUCCACCUUCAAAAUGUCCCUAAGUCAACAGGAGGAUAAAGUCUCGAUUAAUGAUCUCAAGUCAUUUUGGGAGAAAGAAAAAAGUGGCCUUAGAGUAAUUGUAGGCUCACCAACGUGCACAGCUAACGUUAAAGAUCCAUCCCCAGAGUCAUCUCCAAAACGUUCUUUAGUAGAACAUUCUGAACCUCAGUUUGACAUCAGAUCAAACAACCCAAGUUCCCCAGAGAGAAUGAGUUUCAAAGAGGCUGCUUUGACACAAAAAGAGAAGAUGAAACAGACAGAGGAAAAACAGAGAAGUCCAGUGCCAUUACAAGACGUUCAGGAUAUCAGAGGGGACAGUGAGGAUGACAGCCCUGUCAAAGCUGCCCUGGAGCGAGCCAAUGCCAGACCCAUCUCUAUUUCCAAGUGUUUAGAGGACCUGGCAUCCACACCUUUACAAGAGAGAUGGAAGACUGAUCGAAGGAGUGACAUUGGGCUGAGUAUGGAAAAUGUGUCUGCAGUCACUUCCAACACCAAAACGUCCUUCUCCGACCCAGAACAGGUGAAGAUGAUGAGUAUGUCUGUGCCUGCAUUCAUGCAACAAGAGAUGGCCUGCAGAAACAGUGACUGUGCCUCAGUGAGCAGUUUCCACUAUGACAGACUGAGAACAUGCAACACUCCUUCUAAUUUUAGCACUUGCUCUGAAGUGGCCUCCAUGUCCUCUGUCACUGGUAGUGUAAUGAGCAUCUACAGUAGUGAGUUUGGUAAUGUGGAGGUCAAAGGCACGAUCCAGUUUGCCAUUCACUACGUGCAAAAACUGGGAGAGUUCCACAUCUUUGUUGUGCAGUGCAAGGACCUCGCUGUGGCGGAUGUUAAAAGGAACCGAUCUGAUCCGUAUGUUAAAUGUUACUUGUUACCUGACAAAGCAAAAUAUGGAAAGAAAAAAACAUGUGUGAGGAAGAAGACUCUGGAUCCAGCUUACAACGAAAUCCUACGGUUUAAGAUUCCAAUGGAGAUGUUGAAAACCCAGAAGCUGAACACCUCUGUGUGGCACAAUGAUACGUUUGGGCGUAACAUGUUUCUUGGAGAGGUUGAGCUCGAUUUGGCCGAAUGGGAUUUCAGUAAUACUCAGAUGAAUGAAUAUUUACUCAAAGGAAGGGUUCAGGUUCCCACCAGCCCAAAAAAUUCUGUCGGCAGCGUGGAAAUGAGUGCAGAGAUUAAAGUAGCUCUGCGUUUUGUCCCACAGACUUCUCACAGUCACAAGAACAAGGGGAAUGGUGAGGUGCAAAUAUGGGUGAAAGAAUGCAAGAAUCUGCCUAUUACCAGAGGUGUUGCCAUUGACCCCUUCGUGAAAUGCGCAGUCCUCCCAGAUACAAGCCGAAAAAGCCGUCAGAAGACCAAAGUGUUGAAGAGGGCAUCUAACCCAGUGUUUAACCACACCAUGGUGUAUGAUGGUUUCAGGCAAGAGGACCUCAAAGAGGCCUGUGUGGAGCUUACUGUGUGGGAUCACGACAGACUCAACAACCACUUCAUUGGGGGUAUUAGGCUGGGUCCUGGAACAGGAAAAAGUUAUGGCACUGAGGUGAACUGGAUGGACUCUAAUGUUGCUGAAGCAGCCCUGUGGGAGAGAAUGAUGCAAUUUCCGAAUGAAUGGGUGGAAGAUAUUGUACCUUUGAGAAUGAUGGUCAUGGCAAGAAUGUCUAGAUAGUAAGAAACUGAGGCAUGGUGACACUUUUGAACAAAUACAUGAAAAAUGAUUGUGAACAUGAAGAAUGCAUUAUAUAGGAAGACAGUAUGUAAUGUAGGAACUAACUUGAUGGUUUCUUGACAUUUUUGUUGAGGAAAACAAAGAGAAUGAAAAAUAUAAUAUGCCUAUUAUUGUAAAGUAAGUGUAUUUAAUGUCUUAAAAUAAAAAUGCCUGUUUAAAAAUCUGUCAGUUUGCUGCAAAUAAGAUAUUUUGUUAAUUGCCACGAAA